AUGCGUAUCUAUCCUUCUGAUUAUAAAAAAAAUCUUCGUGCGUGGAAGAUACAAGGGAAGAUUUCCAUUGGCACUCAAGGAAAUUCUUCAGAAGGAAAUGUCAACACAAACCAAGACUCUUACAUUUGGGGAAUAGCAAGGGUCUUGCACCAUGAAGACCUUCAUUUGUCUCUGGUGCAAGGUGCCCUCACGAUCAUUGCUAGAGUAGAUGUCGACGAGAUGGAACCUGCAACUUUGCAAACUAGGCUACUGACACAACCACAGAUUGCUAGGAUUGUCACUGAACAGAACCUAGUAACCAGUACGAUAUGCAUGGCUCUCAUUGAUUCCACGAUCCCCAGACUUCGAAAGUUGCCUCGAGAGAUCACCGAUGAAAAUAUUUGGGACAUAAAAAAUACACUGUCACAACUUAGAAAUGAGGGAGUGGAGGUCGCUUGGUUGGAGAGAAGCUUGGAACUAUUCAAACAAAAGAGAGAGUAA